CGUCACUGACUGGCACUGAUAGGUGGCACUGAUGGGCACUGAUAGUUGGCACUGAAAGACAGCUCUGAUGGGCACUGAUAGUUGGCACUGAAAGACAGCCCUGAUGGGCACUAUGUGGCAUUGAUGUGCACUGAUAUGUGGCAUUGAUGGGCACUGACAGGUGGCAAUUAUGGACACUGACAGGUGGCACUGAUGGGGCUACAUUGAUAAUCAGGGCACUGACUGUCAGCGUAAGGAGAGGACAUAACUGG